AUGACGGACGCCCAGAACAUCCCCAACUUUAAGCUGGUCCUUGUUGGCGAUGGUGGUACUGGUAAGACCACCUUUGUGAAGCGCCACCUGACAGGUGAGUUUGAGAAAAAGUACAUCGCCACGCUGGGUGUGGAAGUGCACCCGCUCCAGUUCCACACAAACUUUGGCCCGAUCGUAUUUAACGUUUGGGACACCGCUGGUCAGGAGAAGUUCGGUGGUCUGCGUGAUGGCUACUACAUCCAGGGACAGUGCGGUAUCAUCAUGUUUGACGUGACGUCCCGCAUCACGUACAAGAACGUGCCCAACUGGCACCGCGACCUCGAGCGCGUGUGUGAAAACAUCCCCAUUGUGCUCUGUGGUAACAAGGUCGAUGUGAAGGAGCGAAAAGUCAAGACGGGUGCCGUGACGUUCCACCGCAAGAAGAACUUGCAGUACUUUGAGAUCUCCGCCAAGUCCAACUACAACUUCGAGAAGCCAUUCCUGUGGCUCGCCCGCAAGCUUGUCGGUAACCCUGCUCUUGAGUUUGCUGCCGCGCCUGCGCUCGCCCCUCCGGAGGUUCAGGUCGACCAGCAGCUCAUGGAGCAAUACAACAAAGAGCUCGAGACGGCCGCGGCUGCGCCUCUGCCUGACGAGGACGACGGCGACCUCUAA